AUGGAUACGGACAAGAUCAAGAUCUUCGGGGCAAGAGUCAAGGUCGAGUCAACAGGAAAGCUAGCCGAACUUGAAAAGGCUGAGAGGGAGAAGAUGAGAGCGAAGGUGGAGAAGAUCAAGAGUCAUGGCAUCAACUGUUUCGUCAAUCGGCAGCUCAUAUACAAUUGGCCGGAGCAGCUUUUCUCCGACGCUGGAAUCGUAUCAAUCGAACAUGCAGAUUUUGACGGUAUUGAACGGUUAGCGUUGGUGACAGGAGGAGAGAUUGCCUCAACCUUCGACCAUCCGGAGAGCGUGAAGCUGGGCCAUUGUGACCUCAUUGAAGAAGUUAUCAUUGGAGAAGAUACAUUAAUCAAGUUUUCCGGUGUUGCUGCGGGACAAGCUUGUACCAUAGUACUCCGGGGAGCGACGGAGCAGUUACUGGAUGAGGCUGAACGAUCAUUGCACGACGCCUUGGCUGUGCUAUCCCAGACAGUGCGAGAACCCAAGACUACGCUUGGUGGCGGAUGCGCGGAGAUGGUCAUGGCUAAGGCGGUUGAGCAGGCGGCACCCAAUGUUACAGGCAAAAAGGCGAUCGCGGUGGACUCUUUUGCUACGGCACUGCGGCAGCUUCCCACCAUCCUUGCGGACAACGCCGGAUUUGACUCGAGCGAUCUGGUUGCGAGGCUGAAGACGGCGAUCUACAAAGGGCUGACGAGUUCGGGAUUGGACCUUUUAACAGCUGGGGGUGGCAUUGCAGACAUGAGGGAGCUGGGAGUGAUCGAGAGCUACAAGUUGAAGCGGGCUGUGGUAUCUUCUGCAAGCGAAGCAGCAGAGCUUCUGUUACGGGUUGACAACAUCAUUCGAAGCGCACCAAGGAAAAGAGAGAGGAUGUAA